AUGGUGGGGGAAAUGGAAACGAAAGAGAAGCCGAAACCGACCCCAGACUAUCUCAUGCAGCUCAUGAACGAUAAGAAACUGAUGAGCAGUCUCCCUAACUUCUGCGGGAUUUUCAACCACCUUGAACGACUGCUUGACGAAGAGAUCAGCAGGGUAAGGAAAGACAUGUACAACGACACAUUAAACGGAAGCACUGAGAAGAGAAGCUCGGAGCUUCCUGAUGCCGUGGGCCCCAUCGUUCAGCUCCAAGAGAAACUCUAUGUGCCUGUAAAAGAGUAUCCUGAUUUUAAUUUCGUGGGCCGGAUCCUGGGACCGCGGGGACUGACAGCCAAGCAGCUGGAGGCAGAAACAGGAUGUAAGAUCAUGGUGCGAGGAAAAGGCUCCAUGAGAGACAAGAAAAAGGAGGAGCAGAACCGGGGCAAACCCAACUGGGAGCACCUGAACGAAGACUUACACGUGCUGAUCACAGUGGAGGACGCUCAGAACCGGGCUGAGAUCAAACUCAAACGGGCCGUGGAGGAGGUCAACAAGCUACUAGUGCCCGCGGCUGAGGGGGAAGACAGUCUGAAGAAGAUGCAGCUGAUGGAGCUAGCCAUCCUUAACGGCACCUACAGAGAUGCCAACAUCAAAUCACCUGCCCUUGCCUUCUCUCUUGCAGCGAGCGCCCAGGCUCCCCGCAUCAUCACCGGCCCGGCGCCCGUCCUGCCGCCCGCCGCCCUCCGCACGCCCACUCCGGCCGGCCCCACCAUCAUGCCUCUCAUCCGCCAGAUCCAGACCGUCAUGCCCAACGGCUCGGCCCACCCGGCGGCCGCGACCCUGGUGCCCCCGGGCCCGGAGUCGGGCCUGAUCUACGCCGCGCCCUACGAGUACCCUUACACACUGGCACCUGCCACCUCCAUUCUGGAGUACCCCAUUGACUCCAGCGGGGUGUUAGUGUCCUCAAAGGCCGAAGAGCUGCCCGUCUACCUGGGCGUUCAGACUUGUCACUUCCCCAUCACUCUGCAGCGCGGCGAGCCCACGGGCCGGGCUCCCUUUUAA